CAUUAGACCCGGCCCAAAUCUGAACCCGGAUGCAAUUUUUCCCCAAAUACAAACGCCUUCUGUGGCUCCCUCCAAUUCCCAACUGCCAUCUCCGGGUACGCAGUGGCGAAGUACUCAACUCCUCUCUCACUCUUCACCACCCUCACAUCUUCACAAUGUCAACCUCCAACCCAAACACCACCACCGUCUGAUCUCCCAAACCUUAACGCUUCCCAAUGUCCACAACCAUCUCCAUCCGCGACUCCGCCCCCACCGCCACUAUGGCCGCAGCCAUAUCCUCCUCCGACAUGAAUGGCGGAUUCUACUCCCCAGCCAAAGCCGCCACUAGACCCCUCUUCAGCCCACGCUUCCCUCCAUUUCAGCGUCUCCGCCACCUCUUUUGCGCGCGCAAGCUCAGACUCGUCGCCUCUGUUUUCCUUCUCUGCUUCGUCGUUUUCCUCUCCUCCAGGCUCAGCUCUCUCAUGGGCUGGCUCCCUCCCCAACCCAACUCCUCAUUUCCAAGGGGUGGUGGAUACACUGUUCUGAUAAACACAUGGAAGCAAAGCUCUGCUUUGAAGCAAUCGGUUGCUCACUAUGCCACGUGUGAUGGGGUUGCUUCUAUUCAUGUGGUGUGGUCUGAUAGUGAUCCGCCUUCGGAAACUUUGAAGUCUCGUCUUGAAAAGAUGGUGUUUUCAAAGUCAAGAGCAGCUCAAAAACCUGACUUUAGGUUUGGGAUGAGGCAGGAUGAGGAUUUGAACAACAGGUUCAAGCCGAUUGAGGGGAUGACAACUGAUGCUGUGUUUUCGGUUGAUGAUGAUGUGAUUGUUUCGUGUGACACGUUGGAUUUUGCUUUCGGAGUUUGGCAGUCUGCGCCGAAUGGUAUGGUUGGGUUCACUCCUAGAAUGCAUUGGAUUGAUGAGGAGAGUGGCGUGGCGAAUUAUGAGUAUGGGGGAUGGUGGUCAGUUUGGUGGAUGGGGACAUAUAGCAUGCUGCUUCCGAAAGCUGCAUUCUUUCAUAGGAAAUACUUGGAUUUGUAUACUUACGAUAUGGCCUCAUCCAUUCGUGAUUAUGUCACCAGGGAAAGAAACUGUGAAGAUAUUGCUAUGUCAUUGCUUGUUGCUAAUGCCACCGGUGCACCUCCGAUUUGGGUGAAAGGGAAGAUGUACGAGCUUGGAUCUUCAGGAAUUAGCGGUCUGAAAAGGCACAGCAAGAGUCGCAACAAGUGCCUCAAUGAUCUCAUCUCCCUCUUCGGAAGAAUUCCCCUUGUACAAACUAACGUUAAAGCUGUCGAUGCCAGGUUUGAAUGGUUCUGGUAGUUUCAGUUCUGUAACUUGCCUUCUUUCCACCUUGUAGUUUAGUACAUGUAUAUGCUCUCUUGAGACAAGGAUGAUAUCUCUACAGUAAAGAUUUGGUCCUAUAGAUUAUCUUCCAAAAUUCAUUUGUUUAACCUUUAAGUGCCUUCAAAACCAAUCAUUAAGAGAGGUUUUCGACACAGAAAGUACCGUCCAUUUCUUGCUGCAAAAGCAAUAGAAAUGGUUCAUGAUCCAUGAAUCUAAACAUGACAAAACUGGAUGAGGAGUAUGCCCCAGCUAGCCACAUGGAAACUUCGUGGCACAUGUGAAACUCUUUGUUUGGUUUUUGAGCAAUGACAGAAGGUUGUGGUCGAAAACUACGUUGUAUAAUAUUUUUCUAAGAUUCUUACACAUAGAUUUUAUUGGUCAGGCUGUUUUAGAACUAUAUAUUCCCCAUCUUCCUCCAUUAAAUAUCUAAUUCCUCUGGAUUAUAUAAUCUGUGUUCUUACUUACUGAUUUGUAUUUUGCGGGAAAGUAAUCAAAC